CACUCACAGAGGACCCGGCUAUAAAUACGGCUGCGCGCAACGCACAGUUAGACAUUUUCCCAAAAAUCAAAGGAAAGACGCAACUGAGCAGGGACCGUGGGAAACGCGAGAGACACCUUUUGAUCACCUCUCUCAGCACUGCUCCGCGUUUUAUCUUCUGUAUUCAGUCUCCAGAUCUGAAUGUUGGCCAUGGCUGGAUUAUCUGUGAGGCACGUCGUGGCGCCGCUGCUGGUGUGCUCCGUGCUGGUCACAGGCACGCUGGGGUCCCCGGUGGUGGGGCCAGAGCCGAUCCGCUGCGCCGCGUGUUCUCCGGAGAAGGUGAGCCAGUGUCCAGCGGUGGCGCCCGGCUGCGCCGAGGUGCUGCGGGAGCCCGGCUGUGGAUGCUGCCUUGCCUGCGCCCUGAAGGCUGGAGAGCCGUGCGGGAUCUACACGGCGCCGUGCGGCUCCGGACUGAGGUGCAGCCCGAGACCCGGCGACCCCCGGCCGCUGCACUCCCUCACCCGCGGACAGGCGAUGUGCACGGAGAGCGCGGAGCCCGAGCCCACCCCCGAGACCCAGACGCAAGACCUGGAAGAGCCGGAGGCGGAGAUGGAGAACGCAGCCACCAUCUCGGACCCCGGCUCCAGCCACUACCUCCCCGGUGUCAGCAAGCCUUUCGACCCGCGGGUGACCGCCGACGCUCAGGAGAGCAUGAAAGCCAAACUCACAGCCAUGCGCAGGAAACUGGUGGAGCAGCAGGGACCCUGCCACCUGGAGCUGCAGAUAGCUCUGGACAAGAUCGCCACGGCCCAGCAGAAAGUCGGGGACAAGCUGACCAGAUUCUACCUCCCCAACUGCGACAAACACGGGCUUUACAAACCCAAACAGUGUGAAUCCUCCCUCGAUGGACAGAGAGGUCGAUGCUGGUGCGUCAACUCCUGGAACGGGAAGAAGAUUUUAGGUUCGACCGACCUGCCCGCAGACGCCGAGUGCCCUUAAAAACGAGAUCCGCCACCGAAGAAGAUCUCACACAAAAAGAAGCAAGCAAAGCCACUGACCCCCCCCCCACCUCCCCCUCUUUUGACAGCUGUUUUUCUUUUUCUUUUUUUGUUUAAUUUAUUGAUCUAGUCCAUGGUGGUGUUUAAUUCAGGUACACUGUCAUUUGUGGGACUGUGGGUCCCCGACCACCCUGAACCCCCUCCCCCAGCAGCUUCCUUCCCUCCUCUUCAAACCCCCGUCCCAAAGAGAGAGAAAUAUCUAUUUUUGUUUUUCUGAAAGGAGAUUUUUUAAUAUUGAUGCAUUUACUUCUACUCUUCAGCCUUAUUUAUUUCAAUUUUAUUGCAUUUUACUUGUUUUUUGUAAUUAUGUCAUGAGUAUUUAUAUCAUUUUUUUGCCUUAUUGUUAUUAUUAUAUUAUUAUUUUUAUGCGUGUAUAAAGUGUAUAUAUGUAUCUUGGCCCUGAGGAACUCCGCCGCUGAGUUGAGCUCGCUCUUCCCUUCAGGAGUUGUCUGGAGGUUUGGUUUUAUUGUCACAAACCAAGCAAGAACAAAAGCACUGAGUGACCAAAUGUCAUUUAGAAGUAUCUCUAAAUGUUGUUUUUAUGAUUUGUUUUCACUUUUCUGCUAUCGUCUUUGUUUUUUUUUUUUUUUUUACUUUAUCUGAUGUGAUGCAUCAGCUUUCGUCCAUGAAUGCAAAACGCUCUCAGUCGGGAAUCCUCAGCAAACAGUCUCAGAAAACAUCUUCCCAUGCUUCCAUGGGGCUGCAGAUCAAGCGUCAUGCUCUCAAACGGGUCUCUACAUUUACCUACCUCCGAUAUUUACGUGUCUGCUGUCAGUUGAGUUGGCGUAUCUGUCGAAAAAGAA